AUGGGUAUCAAGGGUCUUCUUCCAUUCUUAAAAAAUGCAUCAGUCCCUAUUAAUCUAGCCGACUUUAGUGGUUAUGUUGCUGCUGUGGAUGUUUACUGUUGGAUCCAUAGAUCUUCAUAUGCAUGCGCUUCCGAUCUAGCACUUGGGAUUCCAACUGACCAAUACGUCCGGUAUGUUGUUAAGUACAUCAACCUCAUGAAGUCAUGCAAUGUUAAACCAAUCCUUGUAUUUGACGGCUUAGAUUUGCCAUCCAAGGCCGAAACGGAUUCAAAACGUCGAGAGACCAAAGAGUUGAAUCGAAAAAAAGCUGCAGAAUAUCUUAUGAAGGGAGAUAAGGCAGCUGCGCAAGAGUGCUUUGAAAGGUCGGUGUUCGUCACUUCCGAAAUGGCAUACGAGGUUCUUCGAGCUGCUCGUAACAUGGGUGUUGAUUGUGUUAUCGCACCAUAUGAAGCAGAUGCUCAACUAGCGUAUCUUAACCGAACGGGUUAUGCCGACUUUGUCAUCACUGAAGAUUCUGAUUUAUUAUUAUUUGGAUGUAGACAGGUUGUAUUCAAACUUGAUUUAUCGGGAUCAGGGGUUCUUGUAGCAGCCGCAUCUGGUAUAUGUGAAUGCUGUGGAAUUCCUGCUAGUCAAUUCACCGAAUCAAAAUUUAGGUUUAUGGGCAUUAUGGCUGGCUGUGACUAUUUUAGUGGAAUUCCUGGCAUAGGAUUAAACACUGCUGCUAAAAUAUUACGUCAGACCCGCAUAACAAAUUUCAGAGAACUGUUGUCGAAAUUGGGGUUUUAUACCAAACUUAGUAAUAAUGCUCUUGCGAAGGAUGAUACAGAAGUUGUGAAUACUAAAAAUACUCGUGACAAACGACAGAACGUUAAAACAGCUAAUUACAACAAAAGUUCCCAAAUAAGUGAAUCACUUCUUAAUGCUGCUGUACGUGCAGAGCGAACGUUUCGACUUCAAGUCAUCUUUGAUAUCGCAUCUAGAUGUCAGAAGCGGUUCAGUGAACCUACUCCUGAGGAUAUAGAUGAGGAAUUACAUAAUUUAGAUGAGUUGAAAGGAUCAAAUGAGGACGAAGUUGACCUCUUUAGUUAUGCAGGACGGGUUUUAAAAGACAAUGAGAAAGCGUUCAAUCGAGCUCUUGGAAAUAUCAGCUAUUCUGAUGAUACCAUUAUAGAUAAUUACUACCCUUGUACAUCAAAAAAUAAUUCAAUGCAAGUAAAUGGAGCCAUCAUCGGACAUUCAACUAUUCAAACAAAAGUACAAUCAUCAGGAUUACGACCUAAUCCCGAUCGUUUGAAAAUAAGCAUAUGGGAUAAAAGUUAUCCUAUUCAGAAAUUUUGGCUUCGUCGUUCUCAGAAUGGUUGCAUUGAACCGGUUUCAGAUUUUUCGUCAAUUGAUUCAGACUUUUCUUCUACAGGGAAAGAAAAUAAAGACCCGGUUGAGAAAUCACCUAUAAAGAAAUUGGAAUUGAAGAAGACACAGUCAACUUGUGGACGUCGAAUACUGGUUCCUGCAGCUAUUCAACAAAGUCUUAAAAACCUAAGAAACAGUAUGUCUGUUCCACAAAUCGAACAUCAGGAUUCACCCAAACGCCCAUGUCUUGGACUCAAUAACUCUACAGUAGAUGACACUUCCGAUGUUUUGCAAGUUUACGGUCAAUCGGAAGAAUUUCCAGUUACACCUAAACUGAAAGACCGAAAUCAUCUUUCAUCUACCAUUGUUUCUGCUUCUGGUUACUUUCCAAUUCAAGAGAAAAUUGAUGUUCCAAAAGCUAUAGAUGAUGUCAUCAAUAAUUCACUGAAUGAUGAUAAUGAUGAUCUUGGUCGUUCUCAAACUUCCCGUAGUCCAGUAUUUUACAAGGCUAAUUCAAAUCCGUUUCGAAUAGCCUCCGAAUCAUAUUUAUGCAAAUCAAAAGAGAAAGUUGAUAAUAAUUUUGAUAUUUCUGUAAUGUUAAAUGAUGAACGUAAAGACUGUUCUUCCAUUGUUUUCAGCAGUAAUAUGCAGUCUGGCUGUCGACGCUCAUUAGAUUUCAAAUACAAGAAACCCUGUCAACUGUGGGGAAAUUCUUCAUCGAUUGAGUCAAAUAAUAAACAGUCCAAUUCUUCAGAUUCUCUGACACCUGACCUUAACAAGUGGGAAACUGAGUUGCAAGAUAGCUCCUCUUCGACCGAGUCAUCUCCAAGUUUUCUAAAUUCGCAUAAAGUUGCAUCUCAUAAUUCAAGUUUGCCAAAUGGAAAAACUACUUGUAAUCGCCUCUCUCAAAUCAGUAACCUAAGUUCAAGUGUACAAAAUCCUCAUGUUUCUGAUGUUACACUACCGAACGCGAGCAUUCUAGAUUCAAAACACAAUAGCAUCUCAAAACUAUCAAAUAACAAUCUUAACAGUAAACAACACUCUUCACAUUCAAAGAUAUCUGGCAAAAAUCGUUUACCAUCUGUACAAUCUUCAACUUUGGAUUCUUUUUUUCAGAAAUGGAAAUUUAAAUAA